UGUGUCACAUAUGCUAAAAUACAUAACGGUUUUUUAAUUUCCGUUUUUUUCGUAUUAAAAUCGGAAUUUAAAUUCCCGUUUUUAAUAAAGUGGGGUGCGAAACCCAAUAGGUGGGGUGCCAAACCAAAUUCCCCUGCCUCAAACUCUCACAACGCUGCAAUCCUCACACCACCAGGAAUGGGUCACAUGAUCCCUUCUCUAGAGCUUGCAAAGCGCCUAGUCACUCACCAAAUUGUUCCCAAAGUCACCAUCUUUCUUGCUUCCAUUAAAACCUCUGUUCCAUCUAAAGCAGAGACACAGCUUCUCCAAUCUGCCACAAAUGAUAACCUCUUCCAAAUCAUCCAUCUCCCACCACUUGACAUGACCAAUCUAGUUGGCCCCGACGCCACAAUAGAAACCCAGGUAUACCCAGUUGGGCUAAUAGUCAGGGAAGAAAUUAGAAGACAAGAUGGAAGCGAUGUUUUCGAGUGGCUAGAUAAACAAGAAGAAGAAUCUGAAGGAGGCCUAAGAGUUAAGGUUUGCACAACCAUAUAUAAGCAAUUGCUUGGCCACAUCUCUAGCCAAUGUGGGACUCUAACAGAAUCUGUGGUGUAUAUUUCGCUAGGGAGCGGAUACAGAAUGUCUCAGGAGCAAAUCAAAGAGAUGGCUUUGGGUUUGGAGCUAAGUGGGAAAACAUUCGUUUGGUCUCUGCGCACACAUGCUGCCACAAAAGCUGGGGAUGCCAUUGCCAACUAUUUCACAGCGGGUAAAGAAACUGAAGCUGAAACUGGUGGUGGUGUGUCAAAAUCUGAAGAGUUAAAUUCUUUACCAGAUGAGUUCUACCGCAUACAAACUAGAGGGAUUGUGCUAAGAGAUUGGGCACCACAAUUGGAUAUUUUGAAGCACCCAUCUGUUGGUGGGUUUGUGAGUCACUGUGGAUGGAACUCCGUGAUGGAGAGUGUUUCGUGUGGGGUGCCGAUAGUUGGAUGGCCGCUCUAUGCGGAGCAAAGGAUGAACGCUGCAAUGCUGGCUGAGGAAAUUGGCAUCGCGGUUCGAUUGGAGUUGCCACUUUCUACCAAUGUGGUUGGAAGGGAGGAGCUGGCAAAAGCAAUAAGGAAAGUUAUGGAUGAAGAGGACGAAGAAGGGUGUGAAAUGAGGAAAAAAGUUAAGGAGCUCAAGGAGGCAGCAAAGAGGGCUUGGUCUGAAGAUGGUUCAUCCUAUCUUGCACUUUCAAGAAUCAGUCAGGCAAAUGGUGCGUUAUGAACAGAGUCAAUUGUUCUCUCUUCAACAUCUGUUUGCCUUACAAUAUCUAAGACCCAAUAAAAAAUCUUAUUUACUGGAGAAUGCUCAAUCAGUUUCAAUUAUUUCAUCUUCAAGGUUCUAUGCCUUGUUUCAUAGAAAAGCUAGGUAGUAGCUCAUCCCAAUAUGCUCUCUAAUAAACAAAACUGCAAUAUUACCACUACACAACCUCCUUUCCUACCUCAAUUGAGUGAUAUAUAAUAUAUAAUGCUUCAUGUUGCGAUAGAUUUCUAGUAAGAUUAUAACUUAAUUACAUAUCAGAACUCAUACUAAAGCAGCUGGUAAAACAAUUACAAAGAUAUAUGUUAACAAAAUUGAAAAAGAAAGAUUAACAACCAUAACCACCCUCUUUAUAAUUUUA